AUGGUUUUAAGCCCAGAAAGAACUUUAGAAAGUCAACUCUUUAAUGUGACUACUGCCAUUUCAAAGGUCACACUAUGGAUAACUGCUAUUGCUAUAAGCUUCAUGGAUACCCCCACAGACUUUAAGGGAAAGAAAGGAGGGGGAGGUCCUCCUGAUUCCAAAGUCCACAAGGAGGCUGCUAGUGUGGUUCCAUCUCAUGCUUCAGCAGCUGGCGCUUCUUCAACAUCUGGUACAAUAACAUCUUCUAUGUCUCACCUAGUAAGCAGUAAUUGGAUCAUAGACACAGGUUCUACUAAUCAUAUGGCUCAUAAUCUGAAUCCGUUGAGCAAUAUUAGAAAACUAUCAAAAAGUAACAAAAAUACAGUUCAACUUCCUAAUGGUGAACAAGUUACUAUUAGCCAUACUGGUGAUCUCUCAUUGUUCAAGGAUAAGUCAGUACACCAUGUACUCUAUAUUCCAGAUUUCAAGUUUAAUCUGAUGUCAGUGUCAAAGGAACUCUUCAUUAGGAAGGUGAUGGGGAUUGGUCAAGAGGAGCAUGGUCUGUACAUUCUGAAGCCAAAGGAACAAGAAGAUCCCAGGCAGUUGUUAGAUCUUAGUCAUAUUCAUUCUAUUCCUUUUUUAAAUACCAUUAUUAGUGAACAAAAUGGAAACAAUAAUAUUGCAAAAAAUAAGAAUUCUCCUGAUAAUCUAGAUGAUACUUCUUUGCGGCACAAGAGACUAGGUCAUGCACCUUUAAGAGUUCUGAAGAAGAAAGGAAGUUUGAAUAAUGCUCAGUUGAAAGAACACGUUUAUACUGUAUUACCUGUUGCUAAGCAAACCGGAAUUCUUUUUUCACUCAGUAAUGCUUGUUCUAUUCAAUCAUUUGAUCAUAUACAUGCUGAUUUCAAUAGUUGUAUUAAGUGUCUAAGGUCAGACAAUGGCACUGAAUUUUUUAACAGAUAUGCCAUAGAUCUGUUACAGGAGCAUGACAUAGUUCAUCAAAGUUUCUGUGUAUAUACCCCUCAACAGAAUGUCAGAGUUGAAAGAAGACAUAGGUCCAUUCUUGAUAUGGCUAGGGCUUUGAGGUUUCAGGCCUUUGUUAUACUCGAAUUAUGGGGAGAAUAUGUCACCACUAAUGUUUAUAUUCUCAAUAGACUACCUACUAUUGUAUUGAAGGGGGCAGCUCCUUUUGAAAGGUUAUUUCACAAGACUCCAUCUUUACAACACUUGAGGAUUUUUGGCAGUUUAUGUUAUGCAAUUAACAUGAGGAAAACAGAUAAAUUCUGUCCUAGAGCUGUUCCUGCUAUUCACUUAGGCUACUCAUCUAUUCAGAAGGGCUAUGUCCUCUAUGACCUGUAUUCUCAGCUUUAUUUUUGUUAG